CCAACCUAAUCCGAUUCCAGAAUCAAUCUCUACCGGACCCCGUCAUACCUCAAAUCGUUCUCCCGUUUUUUAGGGAGACGCAGCAAACAGGAAUUUCUUAUUUCCCCCAUUCCAGUUCAAUUCAAUGAUAACACUCAAUUGUACCCCUCAUUGCUCUUCAUUUCAAAUCCCUAGAAUCGUUUCUGUCCCCUGCUCCAAAAAUCAAAAUUUCUUGCCAAUUAUUUCCAAUUCCUCGUCAAAAACCCUCCACUUCGACCAAACCCAGUUCAAAUCCUUCCCCAAGACCCCAAAUUUCGGAUAUCUUGAGAACCGGAAGUGUAAAGGCCUCAAAUUUCUUGCCUUUUGCGCCAAGAGUGUCCAGGAAUCUGACAAGGAGACCAAGAAUGAGCUAGAUUCUGAGAGCGGCGGGGGCGGAGGUGGAGGGGGCGGCGGAGAUGAUUCCCCGGGUGAGAAGGUCGAUAGGGUUUUGCCACCAUGGCUGGAUUUCACUUCAGGUGAUGCCAUAACUGUUUUCGCCACUUUGGCGAUUUCUUUGGCGUUCAGGUCCUUUGUGGCUGAGCCUAGAUAUAUACCUUCCUUGUCUAUGUAUCCCACAUUUGAUGUUGGCGACCGGAUUGUGGCUGAAAAGGUCUCUUACUUAUUCAGAAAGCCAUGUCCUAAUGAUAUUGUGAUUUUCAAAAGCCCUCCAGUCCUUCAGGAAGUGGGGUACACGGAUGAUGAUGUCUUCAUUAAACGGAUCGUUGCAAAGGAAGGUGAUACUGUCGAGGUUCAUGAAGGGAAACUGAUCGUGAAUGGAAUGGCUAGAAACGAAAAUUUUAUUCUUGAAAACCCCAACUAUGAGAUGACUCCGAUUCGUGUACCGGAAAAGUCAUUUUUUGUGAUGGGCGAUAAUCGGAAUAACAGCUAUGACUCACAUGUGUGGGGUCCACUACCUUCGAAGAACAUAAUCGGGAGAUCUAUAUUCCGGUACUGGCCACCAAAAAGAGUUGGUGGCACAAUAUCUCCAGAUGGAUGUGUUGUUGACAAGCAUGACCAUGAUAUUGGCUUGGCUGGAGAAGAUACUAGUUUGGCAUCCCAAUAACCCACCUUUUUUUUUGUAAUUUUUUAAAUAGAAGAAACAUUUUCACUAGACAUAGGCUUCGUUUGGGAAUAUCGUUUGCUGUUUGCGUUUUGGAUAAUCUUCUAAUGGAGUUAAUCAACUUUGAAAAUGCUAAAGCUCAACGCGGUCGUUGGAAAACAUCAGAUAGAGCAACAGACUAAGCCAGGUAUGAUCUACUCCUGUUUGUGUAUUUUACUUUGCAUGGGUGACCCUUUGUGUAAGUUGAAUGCUCAAGUUUUGAGAUACAAUAACUUGUCAAUAUGCUUAAUUAAUCCCAAAGUUGAAGGCUCAAGUUUAAGUUUUACUGCUUAUAACAUUAAAUAAUCAUGUCAUCU